AUGGAGGAUAGUGAGCUGAUGGGCGAGCACUAUGGCCGUCUUUACAGGCGUUACAAACACAUGGAAGAGAAGUAUACUGAGCGCUGCAAUCAAAAUGCGUACUGUGCCCAGUUUACACAGCUGUUGUUGGAAGUCGAUAAAACACAUGACAAAAUUGAUACACUUCGGAGUGCAGCAGCGAAAAACGAGAAGUUAUAUGAGCGAUAUGAAAAGGAGCAUUGUAUCAGUUCGGAUAACAUGAAGAACAGAAUCGAAAAGUGGAAGGACAUGCUGCAAACUGAAGCGGAUGCAAUAACGAAGUGGUGUGAGGAAACAAAGUCAGAUGUGCAGUCAUUUAUGGCUGGAUUCGAGCAGGCUUCCAAAUCACUGCACGCUGAACUGGCCAAGUUUUUCUGCAGACCCAGCACUUCAGAGCUCAACACGGACCGUUCAAUCGUUCAGUUUCUCGAGAAUGUCAAGAAACUUUCCGAGGAAGCGGAUAAUUCCCUCCAGAAAAUGUAUACACAGCAUAACAAGUUGUCCAAUUUUGUACUUGAUCAU